UAUACAGCCUUGACAUACUCCUUUCCCUAUUUGGAAGCAGUCUGUUGUUUCAUGUCCAGUUCUAACUCUUGCUUCUUGACCUACAUACAGAUUUCUCAGGAGGCAGGUCAGGUGGUCUGACUAUGUGCUUGGCAGUCACUAAAUCUAGUGUCUUGUCAAACUCAAGUCACCCAGUGUAAUCCUCACAGUAAUAUAGGAGCAGGUUUUGUCCUCAUUUUUUGGAUGACCAAACUGAGGCACAGAGAGAUUUAGCAUCUUGCUCAAAGCUGUGUAUCAAGUACAGAAUGGAAGCUCAGCCAGUAGCAUCAGUGUGCCAGUCCAUGAUGAUACACUGAUCUCGCAAAACUUCACAGUAUUGAAAGGUACAAAUAAAAAGCAAUUGCUGCCAGGACUUCCUGCUGGUCUGGUGUUAUUUAAGUCUCCCAGGUUAAGACUUUGCCUUCCAAUGCAGGCGGCUCAAUCCCUGGUCAGGGAGGUAAAAAUCCCACAUGCCAAAAAACCCGAAACAUGAAACAGAAGCAAUAUUGUAACAAAUUCAAUAGAAACCUUAAAAAUGGUCCACAUAAAAAAAAAUCUAAAAAAAGAAAAAAUAACUGCUAUUAGAAGCAAAAUAUACUGAAAACAAGCAUCUUCAAUGAAGAUAAUAUUAAAUAUGAAAUGCUAAAAAUCUAGUUUUCAUUUCAGUUACCCUGUGCUCUGGUCAGGAUAGAAUUAUAAUUUAUCUUAUUAUGAUAGAAUUUAUCUUAUUAUGGCCAUUUUGUGUCUAUACCAGAAAUUCAUCCCAAGAUUAUAGUGCAGUGAGUAGCUGCUGAAUUAUGUGACAGUUGAGGAUAUUGAGGUUAUUUCAAGGGAAGUCUCCUCUGGUGGAAUAGUCAGUGCUUUCCCGACGUAGGACAAGCUGGAGAGAAAGGAGGCCUGAUUAUGGAUUUGUAACAUAUGAUGGAGAUGAGUAGGUUUUCAGCAGUGUUUUGGCGAUUAAAAGUCAGACUGCUCAGAAUUCAUUCAGAAAUUUUAACCAUAUGUAUCAAGGUCAUUAGCAAUAUUUCUUGGCUCUGGUAUUUUUUUAAAAUAAAUGUUCAUAUCUAGCAUGCUGUUCUAUGAAUCCCCCUUCUGAAUGUCGGGGGACACCAACUGAUUUGCUGCCCUCCUGACCUCAAGACCCUUUUCUGGAAGCUCCCUCAUGAAAACUUUUGCCUUUUGCCACGAACACGUCUCGGUGAAAGGGGCUUACGCCCUCCCGAGUAAACGGUUUCCAUUUUAUACUCAGGAGAAUCUGGGUCUACAUGGGGUGAGUUGAUAGCCUGAGGUCACUGCGAUUCAGAGACGGCGUGAGUGAGCCCCGAUGGGACGUUCAGCCUGUGCGGCUCAGGCCGCGCUGCAGGAAUCACCUGACGCCCGCUCCGGCCGUCCAGCCCUUCCUUCCGACCGUCUGCCGUCUGCUUACCACAGACCCGCCGCGGGCGCACUCUCACCCCGCCGCCCUCCGGUCUUGGUUUGCCAUUAGAGAUUCAUUCCUUGUGGUGUGGAGAAGACGACGGGAACUGGUUCCUGCGGCCUCAGAGCUGUAUCCCUGCCCAGCGCCUUGUGAUCAGCCUUGUGACCCUAGCAAGUCACUCCGCGUUCUCAUCUCGCGGGGUCGCUUCUCUGCAGGUUCAUACUGAUAGCCCAGUGCACGGCCCACGUAAGGUGCUGGGUGCUGUUUUCAGUGUUACGGACAUGUUAGCUCACCCGUUCUCCGAAUAAGGCGGAGGGAGGAAUCGGAAGCGGGCAGAGACAUUUAAUGAUGUGUUUGAGACCGACAAUCAGUAUAAAUUAGUUGUUUGUUCCUUUUGGGUUUUAUGGCCAUGAAAGUGAGAGUUGCUCAGUCGCCUCUCUUUGUGACCCCACAGACUAUACAGUCCAUGGAAUUCUCCAGGCCAGAAAACUGGAGUGGGUAGCCUUUCCCUUCUCCAGGGGAUCUUCCCAACUCACGGAUCAAACCCAGGUCUCCUGCAUUGCAGGCAGAUUCUUUACCAGCUGAGCCACAAAAUCGUCUGCUAAAACGUGAGUGCCCUUGGGUAGGGUUACACAUUCACCUCCGUAAGGGUGUAAUAGCUAACCCUGUGAUUCAGGCUUCUACCAACCCCUCUGAGAAGCAGGUGCAGGGCUUGGGGGAGGACAGCGGAGGGGUCAGACGGAGGGAAGGUGAGAAAGAGGACGCAGGGAGUAAUGUGAUCGGGCUGGUACAGGCUCUGCUGAGACUUGGGGAUGGGUGGUGGAGGAGUAAGGGGAGCUUCAAAGCAAGGCAGAUCCACAAAGGAUCCAGAAAGGUGAGGGGUGCUCAGUUCCAGCUGGGCCUCUCUUCCUGGGGUGGAGCUGGUCCCUUACUUUGGCCUGACUUGUUUCUCUCUUGGAUCUGAGUUAGUGAGGCCUGCAAACUUUCUGAUGGGAAGAUAGGACUUUGAUCCUUUCCAUUUCUUGGUUAAACUUAAAAGAAGUCUUCUUCUCUCCACAUCCUUAAAAGAAAGGAGGGAUGAGUGAUGUCCUGAAGCAGAAUCUCCAGGCAGUGGCUCUGAGGAGACACAUGGGGCGCUACUUUGGGGGGAUGGCAGGGGUGUGAAGGGGCCGCGCCAGUGGUGAAGAAGCAGGGGUAAGGAACAGCUGGGUUGGGGGGGGGGGGUUUGUUCUCAUCCUUGGGUAGAAGAGGCCAGAGCAGGUGAGAGUACUUGGUGGAGAUGGGCUCUGUGGGAGGUGAGCAGACGUGGACAGGAAGAUUUUUAAAAUGCCGUUGCUUGUGUGUGUUUGCAAGAAUAAAUCCCAUCCUCAGAGGCUGUGAUCGGUAAAGCUUGUUUGGUGUGCACAGGCCACGCUGCCGCUGCAGUGGAAUCUGGCCACUGAAGGCUUCCUGCUGUGCUGUCUACACCCCACCCCACCCCAGCUGUAUAACCCUGAAAGCAGGGGACUCGUGUUAGCUGCGGGUCCAGUAAGGUGCUAUUUCCGUAUUUUCAGUUCUUUCUUUCCAGGAGAGGCUUGAGAGGGGUGGAAGGAUGUGGUAGGAAGGACAGAUGGCGAUGCAGGACUCAAGCUGGCGAACGUGCCCACUUUUCCCUCCUGAGUUGAACUGAGAAGGCACAAGCUCAGCGUAAAUGCACACGCCUGAGUAUGCUGGAAGCCUGUGAGCGCCCCGACCCCCCGGCGACUGCUGCGAGGCCCUCGGGAGGAAGCGGGCUGAGCGGCGGACUCUGACUCGGGAUCGGCCCUGCCCGGACCUCCGCGCCCGGCGCUCGCCAUGGAGACGCUCUCGCAGGACUCGCUGCUCGAGUGCCAGAUCUGUUUCAAUUACUACAGCCCCCGGCGGAGGCCCAAGCUGCUGGACUGCAGGCACACCUGCUGCUCCGUGUGCCUGCAGCAGAUGCGGACGAGCCAGAAGGACGUGCGGUGCCCCUGGUGCCGGGGCACCACCAGGCUGCCCCCGGGCUUCUCGGUGUCGCAGCUGCCGGACGACCCCGAGGUGCUGGGGGUCAUUGCCAUCCCACACGCCUCCGAGCACACGCCGGUCUUCAUCAGACUCCCGAGCAACGGGUGCUACAUGCUGCCCCUGCCCGUCUCCAAGGAGCGCGCGCUGCUGCCCGGCGACGCGGGCUGCCGCCUGCUGCCCGGGGGCCAGCCGAAGGCGGUGGCCAUGGUGAGCGUCCCCGCGGCCGAGCAGCAGCCCCUGCAGCCCGCGGCCCCGGGCGAGGCGGCGGCAGAGGAGCCGGACCGGCGGGGCGCGGCCAAGAGCUCCACCUGGUCCGGCGUGUGCACCGUCAUCCUGGUGGCCUGCGUCCUGGUCUUCCUCCUCGGCAUCGUGCUCCAUAACAUGUCCUGCAUUUCUAAGCGCUUCACUGUGAUAUCCUGCGGCUGAAGGGCCUGCGGGCAAGGCUCCGUGGGCGCCCACUCGGGGCUGAGCAGCUGUUGGUGGGGGGAUCGCGGUGAGAAGGCGGGGGGGGCCCGCUGACCCCGGAGGGCCCGGUGCUGGCCCCCGGCCCUGGGCCACCAUUUGAUUACCCGAAGACAGACACAAAGGGCAGACCCGCGGUCCCAGCCGGAAAGCAGGCGGAGCGCUCGGAUCCCUGGUGGCGACAUCUUCGAAGACGGUUGCAUGCAUCCUCAUAAUCACCUAUUAAAUGGACUGUAAUUUAUCAUUUCUCCAAAUCAUGUUACAAGAUAGACCUAUUCUACUUAGACGUUAAACUGUUGGAGGUGCAUACCAUGUGAUCUUCUCUAAAUGUGGUAGAUUAAAGCAAAGAUGCUCUGCAUACAAGUAGAAUUAAACCUGAAAAUCCAUGUAAAAAUUCAACUGCAACAUGAAGUGCUGGUUUCUUUCCUUUUUUUGAGAAAAUGAAACCCUGUCUCCAUUUAGUUGCUAUGACUUUUUAUACCAUUUUGAAUGGCACCCAAAGUAAAAUAAGUUAAGCGGACCGUUCUCUUUUCAGGAAAACAUCUGAGUGAGUGUUUCCAAUGUGCUGUGUUUGUCACGUACCUUCGCUUUUCUUCCCUUGUAAUUAGAGCUCGCUGUGUGUUUAUUAAACCGAAGGCCCGACAGGGGAGCAAUAAACUGAGUAAUAGUGAGAAAUGCCUAAUCCCACAGGAAACCCACAUGCCGAUUUUUCUCAAGCCGUCUCACAAAUAAGAAUUUUAAAUGUAAA